GGUGGUGACAGCAGUGACUACGCAUGCGUUUGGUAAGGCGGUUAAAUUUAAAAAAUGUAUCUGGAGGACAAUGCCAAGAGAAAGGAUUACUAAGAGUGUGUAUUAUUUGGAAAAAGACACAUAAAUCAUACAGAUACAUUUCCUUACUGUUGUAACAGCAGGUAUCUUCAUGCACAAAUGGAGGACCCUGGAUCUGUACAAAAUGAAAAUGGUCAGACUGAACUGAAACCAAAGAGGAGGAUCUCAUCAAUAUUGAAGGCACCUCGGAGUCCCCUUACGUCUAUUGGGCCUAUCAAUGACAAAGUUAAGGAGUGUCCAACAAAGCCAGUUGAAAAAAAACAGCGCAAAUCUCGGAGAGUCAGCUUUGCUGAGACCACAGGUGUAAAGGUGUUUGAGAAAGAUGCUACAGAGAUAACACUUUUGAAUAAUGCAGCAAAGGAAGUGGAAGGGGAGCAGCAGAAGAUGGACGCUGUUCAAGAUGUGAAACGACAGAUUAGUGGUAUGGAAACAUUGCUUCAUGCUCCCAUCCAGGUUUCCCAGCAACAGUUUGGGGAAAACUACAAUGAACAAGUCAACAUCGAGAGAACCACGGGUGACAGGACAAUUGUGUUUUCCGGUGAUGAUAAUGAAGACAUGGAUAUGACCUACAGCCACACCGUUCUCAUUAAUGAAAAUCCAACCAGUAAUGAAAAUCCUUCUUCAUCCAAAACUGGAAAAGUGGACUUUAAGGAUUUUCUUUCCAGGCUUAAUGCAGCAAAAAAAACAGAUGAACAAUUAAAGAUAACAAAAAAUCAGAAUGUGCACCGUCAGACAAGUGACAUGGAAGCCUUUAUUUGUGAUUCCAACCCAGUUACACUGCAAAAGUUUGAGAAAAACUGCAAUGAUCAAUUCAACUUGCAAAGAACCAUGGGAGACAAGACAAUUGUAUUUUCCAGUGAUAACAAUGAAGACAUGAAUGUGACUCGUAGCCACACCGUUCUCACUGAUGAAAAUUAUGAUAAAAGGAAAAGUAGAGCUUCUACUUCCGUCAAGUUGGAUUUCAGAACGUUAAUUUCAGGUGUAAAGACAAGUGAGGAGGAUAAUCUGUCUGGAAGAAGGCAGGCAGGUACACCUUAUAGUAGUUCUGAAGAUCAAGCGCUCUCUGGGAAAGCCCUUGCAGAAAACAAAUCUCAGUUUACAGGGUUCCUGUCAAGCAUUAACCCUAAUGGACAAAGUGCAUCUGUAAAUUUAAAUGGACCAAUUGAUAAUCUGCCAGUAAUUCAGCCAAAUCCUCCUUCAUUAAAAGUUGGAAAAGUAGACUUUAAGGAUUUUCUUUCCAGACUUAAUGCGGGUAAAUCCACGACUGCUAAAGAAAACAGUUUUGCUGCAAGUACAGAGAUGUUCGGUUUUGACUUGGACAAACCGUGGGUGAACAAUGCUAAUAGUUCUUUGCCAACUAACACUGAUAGUUUAGGCGUAAACUUCUUUCCAGAAAAAAGGAAUGUUUUGUUUGAGGAGCUGGAUAUGGAGAUUACCAAAAGCCACACUGCUGCAAUUGACGACAACUUUAUGAGACAGUUAACUGGUCAACAAGAGGAUUUUACUGGACAUCAAAGACCAUGCAGUCUACAACCAAGUAUGUCAUUAUUUCCCACUGACCAGGAACUAAAAAGGAGUAGCACUGUUAGUAAAAAGUCUGUUAACCAGGCAUUGUCUGAAAGUGUACCUGGUUCUUCAUUCCUUUUCCCUAAAGAUCAAACUAUUGUGUUUGCUGGAGAUGACAAUAUGGAUAUGACUAGAAGUCACACAGUUGCAAUAGAUAGUCAGAGUCUACAACAUAACAUGACUGGACAAAGAGUGUUUGGGACUGGUAGGGAAAUCUGCUGUGAAUCUGGAAAAUCUCUAAAGACAAGCAGUACUGUAGAGAAUCGUACAGAAAGGUCUGAACUUGGUCUGAAUCUGUCAAAGAGCAUCACUACUCACUACUCCCAACCUGAUGAGCAAGAUGAUAUGGAAAUGACAAAAAGCCAGAUAGUUGCAAUUGACUACAAGGAUAUUGAGGCAAAUAAUCAACAAAUGGAGAGCACAAGAACAUCUAGAAAAAGCGUGUCUGGCUUAUGUUCUAUUCCUGGUGAUAAAACUGUUGUCUUUAGAGAUGAACAAGAUGAUAUGGAAAUGACAAGAAGCCAGACAGUUGCAAUUGAUUACAAGGAUGUUGAGGCAGUUAGCAAUCCAAUUACAUGGACCAGUAGAAGUGUUGGUGCCCCAGUAAUGUCACUUCCCACUGAUAAAACCGUUGUGUUUUCUGAAGAACUGGAUGAUAUGGACAUGACUAAAAGUCAUACCGUGGCUAUUGAUAGCAGAAGUCUUUUGCAAACGUCAAAUGGAGGUAAGAUGGACUGCAAGAAUAUGGAGGCAGUUAAUCCACUAAUGGGGAUCCCUAGAAAACCUCGGAAAAGUGUGGGUGGUUUAUUUUCACUUCCUGCAGAUAAAACUGUUAUGUUCACUGAGGAACAGGAUGACAUGGACAUGACUAAAAGCUUAACAGUUGCUAUUGACUACAAGACUAUUGAGGCAGUUAAUCCACUAAAGGAGUUCACCAGAAAAUCAAGGAGAAGUGUGGCUGGUUUAACUUUUCCUGUGGUUAAAACUGUAGUGUUUACAGAGAAACAUGAUGAUAUGGACAUGACUAAAAGCCAUACAGUGGCUAUUGACAGAAAGCACUUUAUGCAAGCUUCAGGAGUCUUUUCAGAAUCUAAGUCUAUGUCUAAAAGUGGCCAAAACAGUGCUUUAGUCUGUGAUGAACAAGAUGACAUGGAAAUGACAAGAAGCCAGACUGUUGCAAUAGACUACAAAAAUAUAGAAGCAGUAAAUGUUCUAGCAGUGAGCCCCAGCAAAAGAGGUACUCCUGGGACCAUACCUAUUAAUAAAACAGUUGUGUUUUCUGAAGAACUGGAUGAUAUGGACAUGACUAAAUGUCAUACCAUGGCUAUUGAUAGCACAAGUCUUUUGCAAACUUCAACUGGAGCUAAGAUGGACUGCAAGAAUAUGGAAGCAGUUAAUCCACUAAUGGAGAUCUGUAGAAAACCUCGGAAAAGUGUGGGUGGUUUAUUUUCUCUUCCUGCAGGUAAAACUGUUAUGUUCGCUGAGGAACAGGAUGACAUGGAAAUGACAAGAAGCCAGACAGUUGCAAUUGAUUACAAGGAUGUUGAGGCAGUUAGCAAUCCAAUUACAUGGACCAGUAGAAGUGUUGGUGCCCCAGUAAUGUCACUUCCCACUGAUAAAACAGUUGUGUUUUCUGAAGAACUGGAUGAUAUGGACAUGACUAAAUGCCAUACAGUGGCUAUAGACAGCAGGGGCCUUUUACAAACUUCAAGUGGAGGCAAGAUGGACUACAAGAAUAUAGAGGCUGUUAAUCCACAAAUGGGGGUCACCGGGAAGCCUAAAAAAAGUAUGACUGGUUUAUUUUUUCUUCCUGCAGAUAAAACUGUUAUGUUUGCAGAGGAACAUGAUGAUAUGGACAUGACUAAAAGCCAUACAGCGGCUAUUGACAGCAGGGGCCUUUCAGAGUCCUCCAGUAAAGAAAAGAUAGACUGCAAAAAUUUAGAGACUGUUAAUCCACUUUUUGGGACGAGAAAAUCUCGAAAAGGUGUGGCUGGUAUAUGUUCUCUUCCUGCAGAUAGAACUGUUAUGUUUGCAGAGGAACAUGAUGAUAUGGACAUGACUAAAAGCCAUACAGCGGCUAUUGACAGCAGGGGCCUUUCAGAGUCCUCCAGUAAAGAAAAGAUAGACUGCAAAAAUUUAGAGACUGUUAAUCCACUUUUUGGGACGAGAAAAUCUCGAAAAGGUGUGGCUGGUAUAUGUUCUCUUCCUGCAGAUAGAACUGUUAUGUUUGCAGAGGAAAAUGAUGAUAUGGACAUGACUAAAAGUCAUACAGUAGCUAUUGACAGCAAGAGCAACUUACAAGCUUCAAACAAAGAAACGACUGUGUUAGAUUCUACUCUGUCUUUGUGUAAAAGUGACCUUAGUGCUGUUUUGUUGUCUGAUGAGCAAGAAGACAUGGAAAUAACAAGAAGCAAAACUGUUGCAAUUGACUACAAAACUAUUGAUUUAAAUUGUGAACUAGGAAUGGGGAUCUCUAGGAAAAGUGCUGGUUUAGCAUCCCAUCCAUCAGAUAAAACCGUAGUGUUUUCAGGGGAAGAGAAUGAUAUGGAAAUUACUAAAAGUCACACAGUUGCUGUUGAUGGUAGCAGCUUUGAGGCCAGUGCAAAACAGAACUUAAUUAUGCCAAAUAAGCCUGGAAGAGCAAGUUCCCUGCAGAUAAAUUGGAUUUCCCAGAACAAAAAGACUGAAAAUGAAAUGGAAAUGACCAGAAGCCAUACUGUCUGUAUAGAUGACCAGCUUCCUAUGGAGACUCGAGGUAUAUACAGUGUUGCAUCAUCUUCUGAUAAUAGGACUGUAGUAUUUUCAUCUGAACAGGAUGAUAUGGAUAUAACCAGAAGCAAUACAGUAGCAAUCGACAGCAAAGAUCUGCAGACCACUAAGAAUGUGAGAGAAUCAGUAUUGACUGCUUCUAAUGAGCAAAACAUUGUUUUCUCUGGAGGGGAAAACAUGAGUGCAAACCGUGGUAUUGGUGGCAGUAAUGAUAACAGUGCACAUCUAAACAAUAAAAAAAAAUAUUUUGACCCUGAGAAGCAAGAGGCAGAAGUUGUGGAUUCUAAAGACAAGAUAGAUGCUGCUCAUGUCAGUAAUCAAACUGCAAAACUCAAGAGAAAGAGUGUUUCUUUCAGAUUUCCAGAACAUGAAUUUGAUUCUGAAAGGGAAGUAAAAAUAAUCUGUACAGCUCCAACCACUGAGUUAAACAGCUUGAAUACUAUUCCUUUGGAAAACACUGAAAGUUUCAGGUGUCAGACACUAAAUAAAGAACUUACUGAAACUGUUCAUGUGGAUAAGGCAAGUGAAAACUUAAACAUGGGAAAUGAUGAUGAGCAUGCACCCCACCAGCCACCAAUGGUGGAAAGUGAUGGAAAUAAAUCAAUGCAGAAAACAUCUUCCUGCGAAGAAUCUAUAUUUACAGGAGAAGAGCCUCUACUAGUGGCCACAAAAGCUAGGAGGAGGAGUCUUGCUGAUAUCCAUUCAAAGCUUAAAAGCAUUCGAAAGAUUUAUGAAGAAUGUCCAGAGAAGGAAAUGUCUAGUCAUACAGCCCCUUUGCCUUUGCAGGUAAUAGAGUUAAAACCUGAAAACACAGAUCGCAAGAAUGAAGAUGCAUUAUCUAACAAAAGCUGUCGAAAUGAGAAUAAAAGCUUUGCUGACAAAAGUGAGUUAAUGGAAGAAGCACCUGAAGAGCCUAGGGACCAGCCAUUGGAAAGCAGUUUUGUUCUUGGAGAUCAAACUAGGAAUAUGACUACCCCAGUAAACUUCAGCAAAGAAACGCCUCAAACGAAACGGGUAUCACUUGGAGUUUUCCGUCCUAAGCUGCCGAAUAAAAAGAGACCACAUUCGUCUGAAGGCUUUUUGGAUGGCAGUAAUCCGACUAAGUUAACAGGCUACCAUCUCUUUGGAAAACAUCUCUCUAAAACAGCUGGUUUGGGAGCUCUAGAAGAUGCAUCUAGGCCACAAAGUACAUUUUCUUUAGUGGAAAACCUACAUGAAGAAAUACUUCCAGAAUUUAAUGACGAGAUGGAUUCAGCUGAAAGCUUGAACAGUGAAUUUCCAACAAGCUGUUAUGAUGAGACCAAGCCUAUGGAGGAACUUCAAAAAAAGAGUAACACAGAGGAUUUAUUCUUUGACUGCCCAGAACCAGUGGGAACAAGAGGCCAGAAAAGACCAUUGCCAGAAGAUAGCAGUGAGGAUAAAAUGUUAAUUGAGAGUACUGAGAAAAGGAGGAGCCAAGAUGGGGUGUCUUCAAACAGAGAACAGGUGACAAAGUAUACAAGCCAGUGGGACAGCAAUGGAGAAGGUAUCGCAGCAGAAAAUCCACCAAGCAUGCUGGCUAAGACCUUGGACAGCACCAAUUCUAGCAGCAACACACUGAACUUCACCAAAUGUGAUAGUACCUUCGGUGACUUAAGUGAACAGAGAUACAGUCAGAUGGAGUCCCAGUUUCUAAAUGGUGAUCGGUAUGAACACAAUUUAAGAGAGAAAUGUCUGGAUGGCAGUAUCACAGUUAAAGAGUUUUUACAGGUCCUUGGGGUCAAUAUCCUUAUCCAGAGACCUAGACAGAGCCAGCUUCCCCCCAAAUUUGCAGCCGAUGCAGCCCCUACACCUGAGGAUUGGCUAAAUGAGAUGUAUAUUUAUCGGCCACAACUUAAGGUUUAUGAGGAAGACUGCCAAGCCCUGUAUGAAACCAUUGAGAAGUUAAAGAAACAAAAUUGUGAUCAGGAGAAAAGUCUGAGGAGUUUAAAUGAACCUCUUUGGAAGAUGGUGAAAACGUAUUCUGAAGAACAGUUGAGAAGCCUAGGAUCGAUGCUGAAUGAAAGGAAGUCAGAUUUCAGAAGGAAAUCUAAAAUGUUGUCUCACGAAAGAAAGGUUGGCCUGUAUUCCAAGCUGCUGCAGUCUGCACAAUCUGAACAGAAGAAAUUGGAAGACAAGAUUACCAUGACUGACAAAUUACUUUCUGACCUGGAUGAAUGUAUGAGUUCUCUGGAAGCUGAAGCUACAAACAUGGAUUUAUUUGAGGUGGAAGAUGAUGACCACAGUAUUUCUGAGCUGGAACUUGCUGUGAAAGCCAUGGAAGAAGAAUUUGAACAUUUAAAGACACACGAGGCAAAUAUUGAAAGAGAACAGUUGAAUUUAUAUUCUGAACAAAAGAACAUGAAGAGUAAACUUUGUAAGCUGCAGGAGAAAAAAAGGCAGUUGGAAAUGUCAAUUCAAGAGCUCAGCAGUUUGGCAGAAUGGACACUUUCUGAAUGGCUGGAUGAGAGAGCCGUCUUCACCUUUCUCAAUGGCUCCCUUGAACUUGAACUGAUAUUUGGAGAACCAGUUGAUGGAGUUCAGUUUAAUGGCAAACCAGGCAAGAAGAUACUGGAUAUAAAGGUUUACACACUCCUGGAUGAUGAGGCAGCCCCAUCAUCUUCACUUGUUGCUCACAAACUGAUCACCCAGUUUAUUGAGAGUAAAGUCAGCUUGUGCCAGAAAUACACAACACAGCAAGAUCUUCAAAAGCUUCUACUUGAUAUUUCUCUUGUGGUCUGUCGUUGUCGCCUCCUUGGAGAAGAACUCCAUUAUCUCCAGAAGAAUGGCCCUGCUAAGUUUGAAAUCCUGGAAAUGGUGAUUUUGAACACAGACAUCAAGAUCAUCUUUUCCAGUUUCAAAGCAUUUGCCAAGUUUGAGAUCACAUUGUCUCUAACCCCAGUUUACCCAGCAUCUCGACUUCAUCUGUCAAGUUUCAACAACUACAUUGGAAACGCAAGCUGUGACCAGGUGGAACAAAUUAUAUCUACUGUUAAACCAGCAAAUUCUUAUUUGACCAGAAUAGUUGAAAAGAUUCACCAGAAUCUACUCACUAAAGAGCAUCCCUGGAACACUGUGUGUUGAAGAAGCUCAAUAUAUCCUCAUGUCAUUCUGUAUAUAUACAAUGCAACGUGAUGCUGUACAAAGCCAUAUGGGUACAGCAACCCCUGCCAGUACUGUGGAUAAUAUAUGCAGGUAAAGCCUGAAAACUUCUCAACCUUUUUUUGUAACUUUGAAACAUGUUUAUGUAAAGAAUUGUUGUAAUUUAAAACGUGAUGUGCUUUUGUUAUAAUAUUUAGAAAGUUGGAUUUUGUCAGAUAUUCAAGUCAGUGUUCUGAUGUUUUUAUAAAGUAAAAAAUGUUAUUUCAGCAUAAUUUUAAAAAGGGGCAACAUUUGCUAUUUUUUUUCAUUACUAAUAAAUGCCAUAGACUUUGUUUUGCAUUCUAAAAAUGCAGUGAUAUUCCAAACCAAAAUCAGAUGACAGGUACUUAGUUAUUUGUCCCUUUUUAAAAAACAAAAACAAAGUGAAUUCAGUUGUUGAAUAAAAUGUGUUUGCAUCAACAAUGUGUUUGCAUCAA